AGCCACGCCUCUAAUUAAUCUCCAUAAUUAAUCUAUGGCGGGUCAAUUCUGCUAAGGAGGAGCCCGAGCCUUCCUUGUGUUGUUUUGAUUUAACCCGAAGGUUGGAGAAAGCCCAGAUUGAUCCAAAAAUGGCUGUGGAGAAGAUCUACAAGGAGGUGCAGGACUAUUAUGGCAAAGAUCUGAAGAAAACAGAAGAUUUAAAAACCAACGCUUGUCUUACUCCAGCAAGGCCUUUGCCGGCUUUUAUCAGAGAAGCACUGGAAUGUGUUCAUGAAGAGGUUUCAGCAAAAUACUAUGGUUGUGGCCUUGUAGUCCCAGAAUGUUUAGAGGACUGCUGGAUAUUGGAUUUGGGCUGCGGGAGCGGCAGAGACUGUUAUAUGCUCAGUCAGCUGGUUGGAGAAAAUGGGCAUAUCACUGGGAUAGACAUGACUGAAGCCCAGGUAGAAGUAGCGAAGAAACACAUUGAUUAUCACAUGAACAAAUUUGGCUACAAGAAACCCAAUGUUAACUUUAUUCAUUGCUACAUGGAAAAACUGAGUGAAGCAGGCUUGAAGGGCGAAUGUUAUAACCUUGUAAUCUCCAAUUGUGUGAUUAAUCUUUCCCCUGAUAAACGAGCUGUCCUGCAUGAAGCUUAUCAAAUGUUAAAGGCAGGUGGGGAGAUGUAUUUCAGUGAUGUGUAUGCCAACUGUGACUUGCCAGAGGAUAUCAGGAAACACAGAGUCUUGUGGGGUGAAUGCCUAGCAGGAGCCUUAUGGUGGCAGGAUCUUUACAACAUUGCCAAGGAAGUCGGAUUCCAGCCACCUCGGUUGGUGACCGCCUCCCGGAUAACCCUUGGCAACAAGGAACUGGAAAAUAUUGUGGGCAAUUACCAGUUUGUAUCUGCUACUUUCCGCCUCUUCAAGAUCUCCAAGGAUAGCACAGCACAACGGUGUGAGGUUAUUUACAAAGGAGGAAUCACUGGGCAUGAAAAGGAACUAGAGUUUGAUGUCAACUACAGGUUCAAGCAAGGAGAAAUUGUGGAUGUUGAUGAGGAGACAGCAGCUAUUCUGCAGAACUCCAGAUUUUCUGCAAAGUUCCUGAUCCAACCAUUGGGGAAGAAGCAACCUACUCCUGGGAGACAAAAGCUGAAGAUUGGAGACCCAUUUAAAUUUGUGGAGCAGAUGGAGGCCAAAGGCACUAUGAAAACUCCAUCAGGAUGCUGUGGGCCCAAAGGAUGCUGCUGAACUUCACAGGUUAAUAGUGAAAACCAGAUUUUGAAAAACGCUUUAGAAAUAAUCAAACAAUAAACAAAAAAGGAAUUGCGGUUUCUGAGGAGCAAAAAGAUGGAAUGAAUGCUUUGUGAUGCUUAUUUCAUUCAAGUACGAUGAGAAUCAUAUUGCCAUUGAGAUGCUGGACCAGAAUGCACAACACCUGGAUAGAUUUGAUGGGAAGUGUAAUGCAAUAUCAUCUCAAGAGUUACAUGUUUCCAUCUCUUGCCUAAAAUCUCUUGCUUAAGAGAACUUAAAUUUCCAGCUAAAAUGUAUACUGUUCAUGGUCACAAAUUUGUUGCUGGUUGCACUGACUGAAAUAAUCUGCAAAUGGGGAGAUUGUUCUCUGUUCCAGAUCCUGGGAGUAUUCGUAAAUUAUGUCAUUAGGGUUAAAUGAAUGAUAUCUUUAGAUUUAUCCUUCUCAGCACAGAUUAUAUAAAAAGACCUCCCUGUUCACUGUUACAGCUUAGUAAACAACUCCAGCUAGCAGUAGUGCAUUGGAAGUUUCAGACUUAGGACUUUGGACUGUUCCACACUAAAGCUAUAUGAUGUGAGAUUACUAUAGUUGGGAUUGGAAACAAAUGGAAUGCAUUUGGGAAAAUAUGUGGACUAAAUGCUAGAAGAGGAAAACUGUUAAGAGCUAGGGAAAACUGUAGGAUAGGGAGGGUUUUCUGUGGCCAGACCAGUGUUAUUGGACUGUAGCCCCAUCAGCUGUGCCUGGCAUAUUCAGUGGGGAAAGCUGACUUGGAGUUGAGCAAGGGUAGGUGAGCCACACAUUAACCAAACAUGAAUGUUGAACUGUAUCAAAAUUUCCAGAAUGAGCAGAUAAGCAACAUGAUUCCCUUUUAUCAGAUCUGUGUGUGAGAGAGAAAAGUAAUAUUAAUAUAUUUCCAAUUAUGAAACCAAAUGUGCAGGAAACAUAUUUAUAGAAGCACCUUGUGGAUUUUGCUCAAGAGAGUGUCAUGCAUGGGAUAUUCCUUGCAGGAAGACUAAAAUUCUAGGAUAGACUCAUCUUUGAGACAUCCUUCCUACAACGGGCUAAAAAACAACAGCCAGAUGUGGUAGAAAGAGUAACAUCUAGCUUUAUACCUAACCAGUGGUAUUAGGUAUAGGAACAUCCAAAUUUUCCAGGUCAUGAUGCUGAUACCAACUGAAGGAAUUUGAUCCUCAAAGAUAUUGCUUUGAAUGCGAUUUCCUACUUCUUGGUAGGGGUUUGGACUGGAUAGCCCAUGAGGACUCUUCCAAAUCUAUGAUUCUCUAAGUGCAAUUGUGUUUAUUAUGUCAGAUCUGUGAUUGCCAUGGCUAGAAUUUUAAUAAUUAUAGCUAAGAUUAAAAAGAACAAGAAAUAGUUUUAUAGAAGCUAUUUCAUUUUAGUACUCUGAUAUUGUUUAAUAAUUCUGUAAUAAAAAUGUACAAGAGUGAUUAUUACAUUGAUCACAGUAUAAUAAAAUUAUUUCAUGGAAUAUAUUCAUUAAUAAAAUCCAGUUCUAGUGUA